AUGGGCAAACGAGCUUCAAAGAAAGGUUCGGCAUCAGGCUGCCAAGAGGAUAGCAAGAGUCGUAACUCGCAGACCGAGCUCUUUGCAGGUCCCAGCGUCACAGAUGCCACACUUCAACAAAGCGUUCUCGACCUCCUUCGAGGGAUAUACGAUGAAGGUAGUGGAGAUCUCAGAUCCAGUGUCCACCGCAAUAAAGUCAGUCAAGCGAUUCGCGAUCGAAUGGACAAGAUGCAGGGCGAAAUCCAGAUCCAUUCAGAUUCACGGGAUUCCGUUGUGGAUAUCCUCUAUACAAUGUUCAAACUGCUGCAAGCGCAGUGGAAAAAACAAGGACCUUCCAAGUCUUCAAAGCAGCCUGAGCCUCCAGCUCCGUCGGAAAAUCCCAAGCCCGCAACGCAGUUAGAAAACACCCAGCCACCCGGUAGUACGUUCGACCAGACCGGCCUGUCAGUUGUACCCGAUGCUGAUGUGCAAAUUAUCACCCACGACAACCCUGGUCAGCCCUUGCCGGUUCGACUCAGUGAUCUUCUGCCAGACUCAAACGAUCUCACUCACAGGACCCUGAACGGUGGUUGGCUUGGUACUCCCCAAGAAGGCGAAACCCGCCUGACGUCGAUAAAUCCGGGAUCAACUGUGAUACGGGUCAUUACCACUUAUUAUCCGUCUCAUCGGAAUCCGUCUCCGGACAAUGUGGACGGAAAUCCUCGAUCACCACUGCCACGACCCAGUUUCAAAAUCAUCAUUCGGCCUCAGGCGAUCAGUGGCGGGGCAUUAGUGUCGCAACAGCCAGAACUCGCACGCCCUGGGACUACUCGUCGAGGAUCCUUGGACACGAGUCCUGGCAGAUCAAGACUACCUCCACGAACCGCAACUGGAGAUCCGGGUGCACGACCGACAAUUAGUGAAGUUCCUGGCCCUCAACGGGAUACUCCAAAGCGCCCUCUCCCAGCUUCAGUCACUACCGAACCCCCAGUUCCUUCUACCAGUGCUGGUCCUACUGUUCCUUCUGUUCCUCCGCCUGUUGCAAGGCGCAUUCCUCGAAAACGUCCUAUGGCCGCCUCGGUCCAGAAUGCUCCCGGGUUUGAUCUCACCAUUCCACAAUCGGCCAUUGAUGCUCUGAACGCCCCCGGGCCGGGCUCUGGGUGGUUUGAAUACGAUGGGUUGGUUAUUGUUCCUAGGAGAAGCCCUGCUCCAGAGACGACGCAACCUGCUGCACUGCCGACCGCACAGCCGACUGCACAGCCCACCGUGCAGUCCACGGCAAAUCCGGGCGAUAGACGUCGUAGGGAGAUUGAUGACGAACCCUCUGACCGUCCCACUCAGAGACGAAGACUGUCUGAUCAAGGUUCCUCGCGACCUGACCCAUCAAAGGAAUCCACCGAUAUAAGCAUGUUUGAUGCCUCGUCGUUGCCAGAUACCAUAGGCUUGGCAGAAACAAGACGACUCAACUGGGCAGCGCAACCGGCCACUUGGCAUUCGAACGUGGCAGAGUGUGCGUCAAAGAAUGCCCCGACAUGCGAGGAGUAUGCCGCGGACAUUCUCCGCUGGAAGGUCGCUCAUAGAAGCUCCCAGGACUCUUCGGCGGUAGGUCAAUAUAUCCCUCCUGUGGCAGAGCUAAUAAAUGAAGUCGUACCUAGUGCAGGUCCAGAUCUAUACGAACAGGUAGGUGAGCCGUGGCUUGGUAUGAGUGAGCGCCGCAUGCCUCCGGGCGUUCAAGGAGCCAUCGCAAGUCGUCGAUUCUCGGCGGAGAUUACGCAAGGGACGGAGCAAAUAGCUUUAACUGGUGAGCCUGAACAGCCUUUCGCGUCUCGUGUCCCUCUCACUGUCACUUCCGUGCCCACCGGGCCUGUACCGGCGGUUCCCCGAAGUGCUGAUGACAGGAUAUCUGCUGUCCGUAAACCCCGUCGCCGUUUCAGCGAGCACCAAAGACGACCAAAUGACUCGUCAUCGAGUGACAGCCAGGUGUCUUCCCGUAAGAAGCGACGUCUGAAUAUGAGUCCGGCAUCGAGCAGUCCCAGUCCACCCAAAGGCAAAACGACGAAGUUCCACGUCUGCAGACCCGGCUUGGGCCAGUGUGGUCGACAUGUCAAGGGAGGUGGGGCGUCUUUCUACUACUCGGCCAUCACGAUCGACUCAUUCAUCACAACAUGCAACCCCGGAACCACGAUUUGA